UGAGAAGUAAAAACAAAAAAUAAUAAGCCAACCAACCUUUUUCCUGACUUCUUUUUCGACCCACUUCACAGAAUGGCUUCCGGUUACGGUUUGGAUGGCGGUCGCGGACGCUGUUUUCACUUUUGGCAAGAAUUCAACAAGUGCUACGCCAGCGCUGAUUUCCCUCAACAAUGUAUUUCCCAGCGCGAUGACUAUCUCGAAUGUCUUCACCAUACCAAAGAGUUUGCUCGGAUAACGCGUAUCAAAACCGAAGAAUUGAAGCAGGCUGAAAAGCGAAAGCAGGAAGAGGCUAAAGCGAAGCAAGCCGCACAAAACGCGGCCGAAUCCAACUUGCCACGAAUGAACAUCAUUGACGAUAAACAAUCAGCACCCGCCGCUGCUAAUUCAGAGGCAUAAGAAACAUUUUUUUUGAAUCAAUUGAUGACCCACUCUCCCUUAGCAAAAAUAAAAAAGUAAAAAAUUUCCAUAGAAGAACCGAUCAAAACAGGCAACUAGUGAAAAUUCCCAAAAUUGGGAUUGCAAACAAAAGCGUUGCGAUGAUUGUUCGAUGGCAACGGGGGAGGACGGUGUCUGUCGGAUGAUAUUGGAUGAGAUUCGAACUUUUGUGCGGGGGUUAUUGUGAAUAACCGGAUAACGAGCAAUGACACAUGACGGCUGUUCAUUUUCCCCCACUCACCGCUUCGCAGGUGACGUUAUGCGCAACCAAUCGAAAGCCAAGCUUUGCCUUAUUGGUGAAAUCUCUUGUCCAGGCUUGGGGCUACUGAAAAAAAAAAAGUUUUAAGGCCAUAGCUUUUUUUUAUUAUUAUUUAAUCCCAUCAA